GUUAGCCAGCAAGCAUUGCAAUUCUUAGGAGCCAAGAUGGCGCCAGUUUCUUCUAAAGGCAGAGCAAUGUGAAAGUCCGAGAAAUCAAUUCAUUCAGUCGGCUAAAGUCAUGGCGUCUGCCAGCACAGGGAGCAGGGUGUCCUGCGGGAGAGAUUUGAAUUGUGUGCCAGAGAUAGCCGACACGUUAGCCGCGGUCGCCAAACUUGGGUUCGACUUCCUGUGCAUGCCUCUCUUCCACCCGAGGUUCAGGAGGGAAUAUGAGCUGGAGCCCGCUAAAUCCCGACCUGGAGCCCAGACCCGGUCGGACCUGCUGUUAUGUGGCAGAGAUUGGAAUACUCUAAUCGUUGGGAAGCUCUCUCCAUGGAUUGAUGCAGAUUCAGAAAUCGAGACAGAACGCAGAAACUCAGAGGCUGCUCUUGCCCAGGAGCUAAACUUCUCCGCCUACCUGGGCCUGCCUGUCUUCAUGAUCCCUCUGAAGGGCGUUAGUAAUGCCAAUCUAGCCCGAGUGCUGCUAAAUCACAUCCACACUGGACAUCACACCUCAAAUUUCUGGAUACGCGUCCCACUGAUGGCGUCAGAGGACAUGCGGGAAGAUCUGACUGAGAAUGAACCGAUCUCUUGUACUGAUGACACAAGUGUUGAUGAGAAGACUUGGAGCUGGUGGAACUCAUUCAGAACCCUUUGUGACUACAACAAGAGGAUCUGUCUUGCGGUUGAAAUUGGACCAGAUAUGCCAUCAGACACUGUGAUUGAUAAAUGGCUCGGAGAACCUAUCAAAGCAGCCAUUCUCCCCACCAGCAUCUUCCUAACCAAUAAGAAGGGCUUCCCUGUUUUGUCGAAAGCCCAUCAGAGAAUAAUCUUUCGACUCUUCAAGUUGGAGGCCCAGUUCAUCUUCACAGGCACCAGUCGGCACACUGACAAGGACUUCCGAUCCUACCUGCAGUACCUGGAGUACCUCAACCAGAACAGGCCUGCACCCAAUGCCUACGAGCUCUUUGCUAAGGGUUAUGAAGACUACCUGCAGUCACCUCUACAGCCUCUGAUGGACAACUUGGAGUCUCAGACAUACGAAGUGUUCGAGAAGGAUCCUAUUAAGUAUUCACAGUACCAACAAGCUGUAUAUAAAUGUUUGCUAGACAGAGUUCCAGAGGAGCAGAAGGACACUAAUGUUCAGGUGUUGAUGGUGUUGGGAGCAGGUAGGGGUCCUCUGGUCAAUGCAUCCCUGCGUGCUGCCAGGCAGGCAGACAGGAGACUGAGGGUGUAUGCUGUGGAGAAAAAUCCCAAUGCUGUAGUGACGCUAGAGAAUUGGCGCUUUGAGGAGUGGGGGGAUCAGGUGACGGUGGUGUCAUGUGACAUGCGGGAGUGGGCCGCACCAGAGAAAGCUGACAUCAUUGUCAGCGAGCUGCUCGGAUCAUUUGGCGACAAUGAACUCUCCCCAGAGUGCUUAGAUGGAGCACAGCAUUUUCUCAAAGAUGAUGGAGUGAGCAUUCCCUGCUCGUACACGUCCUACUUGGCUCCUCUGUCGUCCUCUAAGCUUUACAACGAAGUACGAGGGUGCCGCGAACGAGACAAGGAUCCAGAGUCCCAUUUUGAGACGCCCUAUGUUGUGCGCCUUCAUAACUUCCACCAGUUGGCUGAUCCCAAACCCUGCUUCACCUUCACACACCCCUCAACAGAUAUGAACAAUAACCGGUAUCAGUGCCUCAGAUUCACAGUGGGUUGUAACUCGGUGCUCCAUGGCUUUGCUGGCUACUUUGAGACCACUCUCUACAAAGAUGUCACACUCAGUAAGUCAGCAGAUCCAUUUUUCCUUUGGCCUAUUUUGUUUUUUAUUCAUCAGGUUUUUUUACGAAGCUGCGACGAUGAUGUCACAGUGCGAUUCUGGCGCUGCAACAACGGGAAGAAGGUUUGGUAUGAAUGGGCUGUGACGGAGCCCUCCUGCUCUGCCAUUCACAACCCCGCAGGCCGUUCCUACACCAUCGGCCUGUGAAGAAGACGCGUCGGCACAAGUUGGCAGACUCCUGUGUUUCUGUCAGACUCUGUGGCAGUGGAAGAACGGGUGUCGUGACACUCUUUACACAGUUAAAAACCUGGACUUGUGUGAGCCCUUGAAAGUCCGCGGUGGUAGGCACUUUGCAGUUUUGGAAGAAUGGAUCGGAUAAACCAAAUUUGAACCUUUUCUUGUUUUUAAAUCUCGUGCCACAUUCACCACUCUCACCUGAACACAAAAUGUACUGUUGCUGUGAGACUGGCUCAUUCAGAUUAGGUCAAAUGUUAACACCGCGUCGUCAUGCUAUCCUUUUUUACUUGUCCUUAUUGUUCUGAACUACAGUUCAACACAGCGAUUUACACUCAAUCCUGGACUUAUGCCUUAUCAAACACACAUUCCAUACACAAUAUUUGCAUAUUUAAACCCUUCUGCUCAACAUGAGACGAUAAGAAGAAGGAACUGCUUUUCAGGUUGCAUACCAUGACAUUUGGGGCUGUUUGUUCAUACCUUUGUUUUGUUCGAACCUUGUCAAUAAAGACCACACUGUAGUGUUCUCUACAUACCGUGCCCUUUUUGUUUGAAGCUUCAAUGUUUUUGAGUCACAUGUUAAAUUGUUAAAAUGUUAGACUUUUGGGGUUUUUUUAAAGGCAGUUUAAACACCGUUCCUGUGUUUUAAUCUGUUGAAAUUAAAUGAUGGCCUGAUCUGCAA